GAGGUGCGGGUCGCCUCCAGAGGUGCGUGGUCGUGGCGCGAGGGAUCCUGGGGCUGCUACAGCAACGCGCCACCGCCGUCUCCUGGGGCGGCUUGGGUUACCCGGGAGAUCCUGUGCCUUCAAACCCUACGAGUCCAUACUUUAAAACAAAAUGAAGAAAAUAAGGCUUAAGGAACUAGAGAGUCGCCUGCAACAAGUGGAUGGAUUCGAAAAGCCCAAGCUACUUCUAGAACAAUAUCCUACCAGGCCGCACAUUGCAGAGACUGGUCACAGUUUUGUCAUUCUUGGCAUUGCUAGCAGAGACUAUUUUUUGAGAAACACUGCAUGUAUGCUCUAUACAAUCCAUAACACUUAUGAUGACAUUGAAAAUAAAGUCGUUGCAGAUCUAGGAUGUGGUUGUGGAGUACUUAGCAUCGGAACUGCAAUGUUAGGAGCAGGGUUGUGUGUUGGAUUUGACAUAGAUGAAGACGCAUUGGAAAUAUUUAAUAGGAAUGCAGAAGAGUUUGAGUUAACAAAUAUUGACAUGGUUCAAUGUGAUGUGUGCUUAUUAUCUAACAGAAUGUCUAAGUCAUUCGAUACAGUAAUUAUGAAUCCUCCCUUUGGGACCAAAAAUAACAAAGGGACAGAUAUGGCUUUUCUAAAGACUGCUUUGGAAAUGGCAAGAACAGCAGUGUAUUCCUUACACAAAUCCUCAACUAGAGAACAUGUUCAAAAGAAAGCUGCAGAAUGGAAAAUCAAGAUAGAUAUUAUAGCAGAGCUUCGAUAUGACCUGCCAGCAUCAUACAAGUUUCAUAAAAAGAAAUCAGUGGACAUUGAAGUGGACCUAAUUCGGUUUUCCUUUUAAAAGCCCCCACAAACAAAAGUAGUUUAAAACCUAUUUAAAAUGAAUAAAAAAUUGGUUUACUAAA